AGUCACUCUUCACUCCACAACAUACCACCAUGUCCGACUCCGCGCAAGACCCUAAAGAACCUCAAGCCCCCUCAUCCAAGGUCACGAAGGCGCGCAAGCGCGGCAGGAGACCGAAGCGUCCAUCUCGCCUGAACCGUCAGAAGCAUAAGGACCAGUCUCAGCAGCCUCAGGAGCCUCAACCUCAAGAUAAAGCCGCCAUUCUCCAGUCCCUCGAGAAGCCAGUCGAUGGUGAUGACUGCAAGGGUAUCUGAAGCGCAAGUCCUGAAGCACUCUAUCGGCCCCUGGAGCGAGACUGGGUUUUCAAAGAUGAGCGCGAGAAGAAAUCCACGAUGCCAAGGAUCUCGCGCCGAAGCUCAAAGACGAGAGAGCUGAUAAGUGCGCCUCGGAGGACGACGCUCAACCGGUCAUAGGGCGCUGAAGGCUUCCAGGAUGAGAUAUCCCGACUCAGUUGCAGCCUGUUGGGACUCUGGUGGUGAGCGCUUGUACUUCAUA